AUGCCUGCGACUGCUACUGGAACGUCCUCCUGGCUAUGCGCCGGGCACCACCUAUCAGAUCGGAAGUUCUAUGGGUCGGCCAUCGCGUUGCCCACUUCAGCUUCAAGCGAUCCGACGACAGCAUUCACUCCGAUUGGAGAUCAACCCACUCUUCAAAUGCUCGAAGACAUAUCCGCAACUAUUAUGAGCGGCAACCCGAAGGCCGCCAACCUCAAUGAACCUCCUCCACCUUCUCGUGCGAUGCCGGGCGACAAAGCCCGAAUAAAGAAAUGGGCUCCAAAGACGUUUAAUGGAUGUCUGACCUGCAAACGGAGAAGAAUCAAGUGUGACGAGGGCAAGCCAUCGUGUCAAAGAUGUAUCAAAUCGAAUCUCAAAUGUAAUGGAUAUGCAGCACCCAAGAUCAGGCUGUUUGAUCCCGCAUCUUCAUCGACAGCUUCAUCCUCGACCCUGGAGCCAGCGACGAGCCCCAGCCGCCUAUCUCGACACGAGCCGGCAGUCUUCCAUGACAGCCAACUGCACUCCCAGCCGCCCGCUUAUCCUCAUCCUCAAGGACUCGCUCUUGUCCCCAGAUUCGGCACGCAGGAAGAAUCCCAAUCCUUCCAGUUCUUCCUCGAAAAGACCUCUGAGCUGAUCUCAGUAUAUUCGCAGCCACACCUAUGGACGGUGCUCUUGCCCCAGGCCACAUGGCACCAGCCCUCUAUCAAACAUUCCCUCAUCGCACUCGCAUCGCUACACCGGUACCUCACCACGGUCGGGCCCGCCUCCCAACGAGCAAACCACAACUUUGUGUUCCACUACAAUAGUGCCAUUAGCGCCCUGAUAACGGACAAACCGUCCAUUGACGUUGUGCUUGCAGCCUGUGUCAUUUUCUGGGCGCUUGAGAACUUCAAUGGCGGCGGUCAGGUGGCCAUUGACCACAUGCAAGCCGCAAUCAAGAUCUUGGGGGAGUGGAAAAGCAAACGCCGACCAAAUGAUCCCGCCAAAGACUUCAUAACCAAAUACAUCGAGCCGACAAUUCGGGAUGGGGUGAAAUUCGCCUCGAAAUGUCGCGUCGAGGAAUUAGCGAGUCAGAUGAGUGCACUUUCCCUGACGACACGCGACGUCAGGAUCAUGAACAUAGAUUACCCUGCGUUCAACAGUCUUGAGGAUGCGAGUGACUAUUUGGACGACUGCAUCAAUCAGAUUCUCAGACUCAAAAUACAAACAACAGCACAGCUCAGUCCAAGUGCCGACCUCAUCGAACAGGUGGAGGUCCUGGACGCUCGCCUUUACAAGUGGAUGAACCUUUUCCAGAACCUCACAGCCACGGGACCCGUAUACAUCCGACGAAUGCUCGUCGUACACAACGUCGCGGCCAACAUCCUGCUAGACCAACUCAAAGCUGGAACACAAUUUCACAACACGGGUGGUGAGGAGCAGGACGAGGAGGCCCGCCACUGUCGGUUCAACUUCACAGUCGUGGAAGUUGAGGAUGUUUUACGGUACGAUCCGCUGGCUACAGUGGAGUCACGCAGGAAGAAACCGCCAAGUCUGGGUUUCAUACCCCCCGUGUUCUUGGCUGCGACGGCAGCGCCGAGACUAGAGACCAGGACAAGGGCAAUCAAUGUGUUGAGACUGAUGAAUGUGACCGAGGGGCCAUGGAACACAGAGCUCGCGGCGCAGAUUGCCGAAGGGAUGCUGGAGAUUGCACAUGACUGUGUCAUUCCUCCCUCCGCAGUCGAGUUGCGGCACAUACAGUUCGGGUUUGACGAAGACCGCAGGGCGUUGAGCAUGAGAUGGGAACCGGAGGAUCCAACCGUGCUGAACGGCACCAUGGUCAAAGAUAUCGAUGCGCGAAGCAUGAAUUGGGAUAACUUAUACGAUGUAGUCAAGCUGAUCAGUAGAUCCGGCUACCAGCCCCCUCCUUCGACAGCUAUGACGCUGCCUUAA